AUGCGAUGGGUGCUGUCCAAAGUGGUCGUCGUCGGGGGCGCCAUCACUAACAAGAAGGAGAUCAGUAGGAAAGCAUACGAGCAGGCCAUCGGUCGCGAGUUCGAUCCCUGCACUUUUUCGCGGGCCCUCAAGGACGUAAGAGACUGCGUCAAGAGAUUGGCAGCAGCUGGAGGUGAGGACCAGGUGCCAUUUGUCGGCGAGGAGGAUUCGCCCUCCGACAUCCGCCGCGAGUGGGUCAACGGCACGCAGGGGCUGCUGCCCAGCCUGAUGCCGGAGCUGGUGUGCUGGGACACUCUGCCGGGCGUGCAGGUGGAGGUCAGGAAGCAGGGCGGGCCGGGCUACGAGAACGUGACGCUUCAUGUCGGCGCCGCCAUCACUGCGGCGGGCAGCCUCAUGCUGUUUGUGCUGCCGCCGAUGAACGGCGCAGGGGAGUCAAACUACUCCUCCAAGGAGUGGAUGCAGGUGCUGGCCAAGCUCGCGGACCAGGCCAACCCCGGGGGCGCCCUGGUUGUGGGCGGCACUGUGCCGGACGGCGUGCUGCAGCUCGUCAACAUGUGA